UUUUGGUAGCUUUGAGGGAAUCCAUCACAUUCCAAUAACACACAGUACAAUAACAACAACAAAAUGUGAAAAAUUUUAUAACUUUCACACACACACACUUACACCUACACUUCUACACAAUACAUAGACACAAAAAUACCAUCAAUGGUAUAAUAUACAAUGUAGAUAAUGCAGAAUAAUAUCCAGUCAUCCAGUUGCAACAUAUUUGGCGAUGUUUUCACAGUAAACGCUCGUAAAACGGUUCAACAGUUGAACGAGAACUUGGAUAAGAUUUGUAACUCAUUAGUGGGUGACGUACACUUGCCACCGACGCAUGAUCACAUUACAGCUCAGUUAAUUCUUUGGCAAACGCACAAAAAAGUCGAGCCGCUAGUGAAUGCAAUGCUAAUGGAGCAUCCUCAGCUUCUGAACACUUUUUUCAAGCUGGAACAAGAUCAGUUUAGGAUGCUGAUUGAUGUCAGAGAGUUCCAACCGACCGAUUUGAAAGUUUUUGUGCUGAACAGUUGUGUGGAGGUGAACGUAAACCAGGAACAGUGUGUUAAGGGGCCCAACGGAGCCGGGUAUGCCACCAGGAGUAUAGUGCGUACGUACCAGUUGCCGCAACAGGCAAAUCCGGAACGAGUUGUGUGCAAUUAUAUGGCUGAUGGUACCCUGUUGAUAAGUGCUCCCUGGAUGCAGCAAAGUCAGCCCAUAAGGUGUGUGUCUUUCUGAGAAAUUCCGCCGAAAUGUAACAAGUUCUCUGUUGAAAUUCUAAUUGCAAAAUUUUAAUAUAUUGUUCUCUGUUGAAACAUAAAAUACAACUUCUAAAACACAGUAA